AUGAGAUAUUGAUGUCAGAUAUAUUUCCAAAACAGAGUAACAUUUGCUGGAAUACGUAUUCAGUGGGUGUUCGGGAUAUACUGCGCGGUUUUAACUUUAAUUUUUAUUUUUGUUAUACUUAGGGUAGUAUUAUGUUUAGUUUCUCCUCACCAGUUUUUAUACGUUCAAACAGAUCACACAUUGGAGCGAAUUUGAGGCUUUGUUCCACUUUUAAUCUUGACUUUUUUAUCCUGACCUUCCAUAGGAUUGUUAUAUGCAAUAUCUGAGUUAGAGACUCCUCUUAUUACUGUCAAAUGUAUUGGGCAUCAGUGGUAUUGAGAGUAUGAGUAUUCGGAUUUUGCGGUAAUUACUUAUAAUUCUUAUAUGAUUCCUGAAAAAGAGUUAAAUUUAGGAGAGCCGCGUUUAUUAACCGUUGAUAAAUCUAUGGUGCUGCCGUUUUCUGUUUGGUGUCGCGUGUUGACUACGUCAUUUGAUGUAAUUCAUUCAUGAACAGUUCCGGCUUUUGGUGUUAAAUCAGAUGCUGUUCCCGGUCGACUUAGGGAGUCUAGUGUUAAGGUAGAAAUACCGGGAGUGUUUUGGGGUCAGUGUUCUGAAAUUUGCGGAGCUUUGCAUAGAUUUAUACCAAUUCGGGUAGAAGUUGUAAGGUGUCGAGUGUUCGAGCAGUGAAUAAGAGUGCUUGAAGACGUCAUGGCAUAA